UUUUCUUAAGUAAGCAAUGUGAUCGUAUCAGAUGUAGUUCCAUCUGAGGACGACCGCGUUGUUUUUCUAAACCCGACCAUUUUACCAUCAAUUAGUGAUAUUAUAUAUACUAAAGCUUUCAAUUAUUUAAGUUGUUUAUUUUCUAAGCUAAAGCUAAAAUAUGCAAAACUACGCAGAGACAAUCAGGCACUUUGCAGAGACGCACGCGACCAUUCUCACUGCUACUUUUGUUGCAGGGGCAGGCAUAAUGGCCUUGCGCAAGUGGCUGGCUGGAGGAGUGUGCUGGAGCAAGGUCAGACUGGACGGGAAAACCGUGCUGAUCACGGGGGCCAACACUGGCAUUGGGAAGGAGACGGCCCUGGAUAUGGCCAAGCGAGGAGCCAGAGUGAUCCUGGCCUGCAGAGACAUGACCAGAGCCCGCAUUGCAGCUGACGAGAUCCGACAGCGGAGUGGAAACGGCAACGUGGUGGUGAAGAAGCUGGACCUCGCCUCACUGCAGUCUGUCAGAGACCUGGCCAAAGAUGUCCAGGCGAAUGAAGAUCGUUUGGACAUCCUCAUCAACAAUGCAGGUAUUAUGAUGUGUCCUAAGUGGAAGACGGAGGAUGGCUUUGAAAUGCAGUUUGGUGUCAACCACUUGGGACAUUUUCUCCUCACCAACUGCCUUCUUGACCUGCUGAAGAAGUCAACUCCAAGUCGCAUUGUCAUCGUCUCCAGCCUGGCACACGAGAAAGGCAGCAUACACUUUGAUGACAUCAACCUUGAUAAAGACUACAGUCGCCAUGACAGCUACAGGCAAAGCAAGCUGGCCAAUGUGCUCUUCUGCAGAGAACUGGCCUCCAGACUGCAGGACACCGGUGUGACAGUGUACAGUCUUCACCCUGGUGUCAUCCGCACCGAGUUAGGCCGCCACUUGCUCCCUACUUUAGCUCUGUGGCAGAGGGUGAUUCUCAAGCCUUUCCUCUUCCUGAUCAAAAGUCCCUCUGCUGGAGCCCAGACCAGCAUCUACUGCGCCGUGGACGAGAGCCAGGCAAACUCCAGUGGCCUCUACUACAGUGACUGCGCGCCCAAAAAGCCGGCACCACAGGCCCUGGAUGAUGCUGCAGCCAAGAAGCUGUGGGACAUCAGUGCUUCCAUGGUCGGCCUAGCUUAAACAACCUGCUCCUUCUGUUAAACUGUGUUUUUAUUAUAUAAUAGGAAGGGGCAUUGCAUUAAUCAUGAACCAUGAACCAAUCAUUUGGGUCUGAAAGAUUUGCUACCAAAGUUUUGCACUAUUUAAUCUCAAACUCCAUUGAGUUGUGUGAAUAUUGAAACGUAAACCUUUUGCUUCAUCUUUAUAUCAUGCAUUAUUUCUCCUAGCUUAUAUCUGUGUUAUAUGCUGCUAUGUCUCGAUCAAAAAGAGGCAAUGCUCACUUUUGAAUCGACCACCCUGGCUCCUUUUAAUAACAAGGCCGAUUGUUUGAUUCCUUCCUCCUGAAGAGCAGGCCAGCACCUUGCACGGCAGCUCCACUACCAGCAGUGUGUGGCUGGGUGGCCAAUGUUAAAGGGCUUUGUCCAGUCAAGUAUAGAGGCGUUAUAUAAAUGAGCAGUUGCUUUUUGAACAUUUUAAUUUCAUUCAUUCGGAAUACUAAAAUGUCUACUUUCCCGAAGGAAUUUUAAGACUUCAAACUGCUUGUACGUCAACAUACAAUACGAUCAUCGUAUAGUACUUUUUAUCAUCAAAUUUAUUGCAUCAUUAAAAAAUCACGUUAAGCAGUUUUCUUGAGAAUUACAGGGAAAGCUAGAAGACAGCCUAUUUGCGUACAGUUUGAAGGGUAUUAUAACCGUACUAUAUCCGUAUCGUUGAAGUGCUGCAUGAAGGCUCCGAGGCAAAAAGAUUGUUGCCCUCCAGAAGGGAGAGGAUCCUCCACCAGGUUGAGAGGGAGUGGACACCUCGGAGGACUGCUGUUAGGAAGCAGCCAGUUGAUC